AUGGGAUCAGUACACAAGGACCUAAAUGUUUUCCACUUCAGCCAUCCACAUCCUUUGGAAUGUACCACCUCACCCUCCACAGGAAAUGUAAGCUGCUUUGGAUGCAAGUUGAAAGUUAAGUUUGGUGAGGACUAUUACAAGUGUAAAACCUGUGCCUUCUAUCUUCACUGUGUGUGCUACAAGACCCCCUUAAUCACAAACCACCCUUCACAUCCAAGGCACGAUCUUGUCCUCGUUGUUAUACCUUCAUCACCUGCCACAAAAACCACCUUCAAUUGCAUGGCAUGUGGACACCAUGUAAUGGGCUUCUGCUACCACUGUGCUGAAUGCAGCAUCUUCUUUCACUCAUUGUGUCUUGCACUACCCCUUUCCCUUUCAAUCACCAACCACCCCCAUAAAAUCAAGCUUGAAUUUUCACCACCAUAUGAUUUCUUCUGUGAUUUGUGCAACAAACCCAGUUUCAAUGGGUGGCUCUACAGGUGCAACAUAUGUGAAUUCGACACGCAUAUAGCUUGUGCCGUUGAAAACUUAGAACAAAAUCCAUCUUUCCCUCAAUCAAGCCCUUUGUUAAGGCAACUCACUAGUCACCAAGUGGAUCACAAAAGGAUUAGUGGAAGUAUAGGUGAUAGUAGCACAAAAUAUGAGUAUGAGAUCAUGCGUUUGGCGGCACAACAAAUUGGCGGGCGAAUCGACAAGAACACAAGCCAAGAAGAUUUUGAUAGUGCAAUAGCUGGAUGGGAUAAGAGAAUAUAUAGUCCAAGAAAAAAGAAUAACAGAAGCAGUACUGGGAGUGGAAAAAUGAAGAUUAUUGAACUUGAAUUGCAAGAAACAGAACUAAGCCCUGCUAAUAUUUUAGCAAAUUUGGAAGAAAGAACACCACUUCGGGAUAAAUUGACUCCACUUUCUGAUCAUUCGAGCCCAACAUUAAGUAUCCAAUAUAGUGAAUCAUGUUUUUCAAUAGAUUUGACACAGUCAUAUUCAACCCAUGGACGCAGAAACCAGGUACGAGGAGAAGGUAAUAGUGACCACAUAACAACUGGAGCUGUUAUGCCAGAUGGAAUUCUAAGCAAUUCUAGACAAAUUAAAGAACAAUUCGGUGUAGUUAAUUGGCCAACCAAUACUAACGAUGCAUACAGUGUGGCACAACAUAAUAAGCUGAAUGCAGCAUUUUUCAAAACUAGUGAUUUUGGGGAAUCAAGCCAGAAAGUCAUGAUGAAAAUUCCAAAUGAAAGCUUGGCUAAGGAGACUAUUAAAGAUCAGAAAAUCACCAAAUCAGAGUCAGUAAGUUAA